GCGAGGAAGAGCUCAUGAAUAAGUGAGCGGCAGCCAGGGCUCGGCGGCUAAUGAGGGCACCGCAGUGUCAUGUGGUGCGCCGGGGAGGCUCGGAAGGAGAAGUUACUGUAUCUAUCAGUGAGCACGGUGCAGCAGGUGCACCAAAGAGAACAGCUCCAGCAAAAAGGCAGCGCACUCAAAUGGGUGCGCAGGAGGCUGGGUUCACAACUACUUCUGAAGGAGCUUUUACUCCAAUGAAUUACAUGUGUGGGGGGCUAUUGGAACAAAGUUCAGGAAUCAUUUCUAGCCCCUUUUAUCCCAACAAUUACCCUCCCAAAAGCCGAUGUACAUGGGAAAUCCGAGCCACACCAAAUACUUCAGUGGAGCUUUACUUUAAUACUAUAAGGUUGGAAAGUCACCCAAGUUGUAGAUAUGACUCAGUGACCAUAUAUGAUGGACUACCUGGAAGCUCUGUGCUCGCGAAAAUAUGCCAGCCAGGAAACCACACUUACCGCUCAUCAUCUAAUGUAAUGAACAUUGAGUUCAGAAGUGAUAAUUCUAACCAAAAUAUUGGCUUUGAAGCUCAGUAUAUCACAUUGGUGGCAACAUAUAAUGGGCCAGAGAAAUCUGGAGGUAUUUUAACUGAUUUAGAUGGAGAAAUUUAUGCCGUCAGCGAGGAUGCUCCUUCUAAUGACCGUAUCUGGUACAUCAGUGUUAAAAAUAAUUAUCAAAUUAAUCUUAAUUUUACAAAUUUCUGGAUGAAAACUGCCCUGUCCUGUCGCGCCUUCUCGCUGUCAGUCUACGAUGGUACUCCGCAUGGGUCACCUUUACUUGGACAACUCUGUGAUAAAACUGCCCGAGAUUUCACCUCUUCAUCAAAUAGCAUGAGCAUUGUGUACUCCAGGCUCGAUAAUGAUACUGACUCUGGCUUGGAAUUCUUGGCCUUGUAUUACUCUGUCAUUAACAACAAUCCAAAUGUGACUCUCUCCUGCAACCCAUAUUACAUGGAAGCUCGAGUUUCUCCUUGGUAUCUUGAGACUUUAGGCCAUUCUGCUAGUAACAUUUUCCUAAAUGAUCCACAGUGCCGUCCUCGGAUUGUCUCAGGCUGGUUGGAGUUUCACAUCCCUUAUCAAAGGUGUCUGACAGUGAAAAAGGUUCAAAAUGACGUGAUCAGCUAUACAAACACUCUUUUCACUCGCUCUACUGGCCCAAUGCUAAUUCACAGAAAACAGUUAAGACUAACCUUGAGAUGCCAGAUGUACCAAUACACUAUGGUGAAGGCCCUCUACAACACUGAUGACAUAGUGGAGAGCACUUUAACUCAAUAUGGCCUAUAUUCCGCUAAUUUAACGGUCUUCCAGUCUCCAAGUUUCACAUACCCAGUGAAUGAGUAUCCGUACUAUGUAAACAUCAACCAGAACUUGUUUCUGCAAAUAACCUUGGACACUGCAGACCAGGAGCUACUUCUAUUUGUAGAUACAUGUGUGGCUUCCCCUGAUCCUUUAGAUUUCACAAAAAAUGUGAAUUACAUCAUACGUAAUGGGUGCAGAACAAUCCCUGACUAUAAAACCUACAAUACUCCCUCAUGGAGGACAGCUCGGUUUGGAUUCAGUGCUGCUAGCUUCUUAAGGCAACAUCUGAAAUUGUAUAUACAGUGCAAGCUUGUUGUGUGUAAGCAGUACGACUACCAGUCUCGCUGCAGUCGGGGCUGUGUGAAGAGACACAAGAGAUCGCUUGAACCCCAUAAUGAGCAAGUUCAUGUUGUCGCAGGACCUGUACAACUUCUGGAACACAAAUAAAGUGUCAACAAGUUUUAACCUAAUGUGGUUAUAAAGAAAUAAAGAACAGAACAGAAAUUCUCAGUUUUAAAUAAAUUAAUGCUAGAUAAAUCAUAAUUCUAAAAUGUAUUAACAAUAAAUUAAAAUAUUUUAA